UUGGCCGCUCCUCCACAAUCAUCUCCACCACUGUGUGUGUUUGUGUGUGACUGUCUGUGUGUGUUUGGUCCAUAAGUGUAUGUUUGCUUCUUGUGUGCGUGUGUGUGUGGAUGCAGCAGUGACACACUGAUCAAGGAGUGUGUGAUGAGCUCUGAACAGACGGAGUAAAAAAUGCACGAGACGAUGCUGUGGAGCUGUGUGAUCCUGCUCUCUGCGGCCCUCUCUGUAGAGUCGUAUCUUGUCCGUGACCAACAUGAGCGUCUGUCUCACGGCCGUCAGUUGAAGAUCUACCUCCCAAAGACCGCAGAGAAGCUAGAGUUCUCCCCUGCUGAUGAGCCCAAUAAGCUCUUCAUGUACUGGGAGAGGGGCCACACCAGGCUGACCAGGGGACGAGUGUCCGGGACAGGAAGUGACCGCCGCUGGUACAUCGACAAGGUGACGUAUGAGGACGAGGGGACGUACACACAGAGAGAUUAUUGGGGCAAAGAGAUCUCUGCUGUCAAAGUGGCUGUCACACCACGUCAUAACUACCUAAAGUGUGUAGCAGGAGAGACUCUGGGUAUCUCUCUGGAGGGACUCGAUCUGGCUGACAGCUUCCUGUCCUUCAGCGGAGUCGCUGCCAACGUCACUCUGGUGAGGGAGGGGGCCCGGGUGUCUCAGGACAUACCUGAGUACUGGGACAGGGUUCAGACUCACUCCAUGAAGAUCGAGAUCAGGAAUGUGAAUGUGAGCGAUGAAGGACGGUACGAGCUGAAGGACCGCAGGGACCGACUGGUGUCUGUCACCAGGAUGGACCUGACAGAUCGUCAUGAGUACUCCGAGGGGAACCCACUCAUGGCUCUGCUCCUACUGCUCGGCAUCCCAGCAGGAAUCUGCUGCUGCUGCCGCAAGAAGAUCUUCAAGAAGAAAACCACCAACGCAUCCACGCUGCAGACCUCACCUGAAGCAAUCCAUCUUCCUCCUGCUGGUCCUGCUGGUCCUGCUCCUCCGUACGACUCACCUGGACCUGCAGGGGGGGUCUACUACCACGGCCCUGUCCCAAGCAUGGGUCCUUCAAUGCACCCACCCCCUCAGCCCUCAGGUCCAGGUCAAUGGAUUGGACCCCCUCCCUCCCCGGGUUUUAACCCUGCCUACCCCCCUCAGAAUGCGGUCUACCCCCCUGCUGGUCCACAGUGGAACGGUCCACCUCCAGCCCAGUAUCCCCCUGGCCAUUGUGCUCCGAUGGGGUAUGCUCCUGUCAUGUACAGCUCUCCAGCAGGGGUCAGCAGUGAGCCCGUUAAAGGGGAGCUGAAGAUGGAGGCCAUGAACUCCUCACCUGCAGACCCCCUGCUGACCAACACAGCACAGGCUGACCCCGCCCCUGGUGCUCCCGUGCCUCCCCCCUCCUCCACAGAGGCCCCUCCCUCUGGUGGUGGCUUCCAGUUCCAGAUCGAUGGCGGGAAAAGCUCCACAAAUUUCCUGUAGAGCUGCAGGCUGUGAUGUCACAGUGCCCUCCUGUGGACAUCCUGAGUCCUCUGAGUGUUAAUGUCAGGAUGCAGGGUGGUAUGGUGUGGUUUUUUGGGGGAGGGGUUUGGGAGGGGGGUUGGAUGGUAGUUCCUUGUCUCUGUAAUUAAACCUGCGGGGGAAGAGACACUAAAGGAAGAGGUUUAUUAGCAUUUUAAUGUCGUUAGCAUUGUUAGCAUGUGGAGAAGAAGCGUGAUUCAGUGGUUCGGGUUUAGUUAAACUAAAUUAUAAAUCUGUUUAAUAGGAGUGCUUCAAAGAUCAACAAGGCGUCACAGUUUAACUUUAUCACAUGACUUCAUCACCAUCAGAGAGAGAGUCAGCCGUGACACCACUGAUUUAGAAACUCUCAACAGACUGAAGAAAUCAUUCGCUGCUUUAAUAUCCAGCUUAGUCAGUCUAUUUCUCAGCCCCAUCACUAUCAGACUCAUGAAGCCAUUAAGGUGUCCCACAAUGCAUAGAAACAAACAGUAAACACCUCAUCAUGUAUCACACUAACCUCUAAAUAACAGCGUUAAAACAUUACAAAUAACACUGUAACAUUGUUACAUUGUACCACUGUGUCAUUGUUAAACUGUUAAAUUGUUACACUGUUACAUUGUACCACUGUUACAUUGUUAAACUUUUAUAUUGCUACAUUGUUUCACUGUUACAUUGUUACACUGUAAAACUGUUACACCAUUACAUUGUUACAUUGUUGCACUGUUAAACUGAUACCUUGUUGCACUGUUAAACUGUUACAUUGUUACACUGUUACAUUGUUACACUGUUACACUGUUAAACUGUUACAUUGUUACACCUUUACAUUGUUGCACUGUUACACUGUUACACGUUACGCCGUUACAUUGUUACACUGUUACAUUGUUAAACUGUAACAGUGUUACACUAUUACAUUGUUACAUUGUUUCACUGUUACACUGUUACAUUGUUACAUGUUUCACUGUUACACUGUUACAUUGUUACAUUGUUAAACUGUUACUCUGUUAUAUUUUUACACUGUCAGUAACAGCCCAUUUGUUACUGUGAAAAACACCCAUUCACAUUCUGGUAUUGGAUCCUGUUGAUCUUGCUCCUGUCUUAGCAGGACUUUGAUGGUUCUGGUCUUCACAGGAUUGUGAUGGUUCUGGUCUUCACAGGAUUGUGAUGGUUCUGUUCUCAGCAGGACUCUGACAGUUUUGGUCUCAGCAGGACUCUUAUAGUUUUGGUCUCAGCAGGACUCUGAUGGUUCUGAUCUCAGCAGGACUCUGAUGGUUCUGGACUCAUCAGGACUCUUAUGGUUCUGGACUCAGCAGGACUCUGAUUGUUUUGGUCUCAGCAGGACUCUGAUGGUUCUAAUCUCAGCAGGACUCUGGCGGUUCUAAUCUCAGCAGGACUCUGAUGGUUCUAAUCUCAGCAGGACUCUGAUGGUUCUAAUCUCAGCAGGACUCUGAUUGCUGCCUUUAACAGAAUUGUCAAACAGCAGCUACCUCAUAUUUGGAUUAUAACCCUCCUCAUUGGUCCCAUGUGGUACCUAUCAGCCAAUCAGAGAGAAGCAGGAAGUGUCAGCCUCCUGUGUGAUCAGCUGAUCUCAGUGCCUAUCCGUACACUCGGACAGAUUUUCAAUAGUUCUGUGUUUUACCUGUGCGAUGUUCUAAGGUGAUCCUGUUUGAGUAAAUUUGAUCUUCACUCCGUGCAGGUGGAGGUGGUGUGGUGGGCGGAGCUAAAGCCUCCACCUGUUGACUUUAUGAACUCCGGUUUCUCAUUGAUCUCUCUUUAUUCUGUCAGUUUAACGUUGUGUCAACCAACAACAUAUCAAUAAAGUUUGUAUGUGACACUGA